AUGGCCUCUAACGCUCCCGGAGCUUGCUGCGCCUCUGGCUUCAAGCAUGAAGGCACUCCCGUCGGCGAGAUCAAGAACGUUGGUGGCGUCGACACCUACGUUGUCUACCCCAAGGACAACAAGACCCCCGAGAAGGCCGUCGUCAUCCUGAGCGACAUCUUCGGUAUCUACGUCAACGCUCAGCUCCUUGCCGAUGAGUUCGCCGCCAACGGAUACCUGACCGUUAUCCCGGACCUGUUCCGCGGCGAUGCCAUCAAGCUCAGCGACAUGGAGUCCGGAAAGGCUGAUCUUCCCGCUUGGAUUCCUAACCACCAGCCCGCCGUUAUUGAUCCCAUCGUCGAGUCCACCCUCAAGUACGUCCGCCAGGACUUGGGCGCUAAGAAGGUCGCGUCCGUUGGAUACUGCUUUGGUGGCAAGUAUGUUUGCCGCUUCGCGAAGCCCGGCAAGUUCGAUGUCGGUUACACUGCCCAUCCCUCUUUCGUCACUGAGGAGGAACUUGGCGGCAUCACCACUCCUUUGUCCAUUGCUGCUUCCGAAAUCGACCAGAUCUUCACCACCGAGCUCCGUCACAAGUCCGAGGGCAUCCUGAUCAAGACUGGUCAGCCCUGGCAGAUCAACCUCUACGGCGGUGUCUCCCAUGGAUUCGCUGUCCGCGCCGACCUGAGCAACAAGAACUUCAAGUUCGCCAAGGAGCAGGCUUUCUGCCAGGCCGUGACGUGGUUCAACCAGUACCUUUAA